AUGAAGUAUCUUUCCAUCCUUACCGCCCUCUUGGGCCUUGCCUCCGCCACCGCCAUCCGCUCCGAAGCCCGGCCCAAGCGGACUGCGUACGAUGGCUACAAGGUCCUCCGUGUCGCCGCCGGUGAUGACGCCGACAAGCUGAACAAGAUCAUCGCCGACCUCGAGCUCGAGACCUGGAAGGGUGUGGCCAAGGUUGGCGGUCACGCCGACGUGGUCGUCCCGCCCUCCAAGCUCGCCGCCUUCAACGCCCAGGCCGAGGGUUUCGAGACCCUCACCAUGCACGAGGACCUCGGCGUCUCCAUCGCCAACGAGUCCGGCUUCCAGGCCUACGCCGGCACGGCUGAUCAGACCUGGUUCAACACGUACCACGCCUAUGCCGACCACUUGACCUUCCUCAGGGAUCUCGUGGCUGCCCACCCCAACCAGUCCGAGAUCGUCACCUCUGGCACUUCAGUCAACGGCAACGCCAUCACUGGUAUCCGUUUCUGGGGUAGCGCCGGCAAGGGCGUCAAGCCCGCCAUUGUGUUCCACGGCACCGUGCAUGCGCGCGAGUGGAUCACCACCAUGGUCGCCGAGUACCAAGCCUACUACCUCCUGACCAACUAUGGCUCCGACGCCACCGUCAAGUCCUUCGUCGACAAGUACGAGUUCUACAUCUUCCCCGUCGUCAACCCGGACGGCUUCAUCUACACCCAGACCAGCAACCGUCUCUGGCGCAAGAACCGCCAAACCAACUCGGGCUCCUCGUGCGUCGGCCGCGACAUCAACCGCAACUGGCCCGCCCACUGGUCCACCUCGGGCGGCGCCUCCACCAACCCGUGCGACGAGGCCUACAAGGGCGCGAGACAGGGCGACGCGCCCGAGACGACGGCGCUCGCUGCGUUCUUGGACAAGGUCAAGGCCGCGCAAGGUCUGAAGUUGUAUAUCGACUGGCACUCGUACUCGCAGCUUUUCAUGUCUCCCUACGGCUACACCUGCUCCUCCGUCCCCGCCAAAAACUCCGAGUACCAAUCCCUCGCCCGCGGCGCCGUGGCCGCCAUCAAGUCCGUCUACGGCACCACCUUCAACUACGGACCCAUCUGCACCACCGUCUACAAAGCCACGGGCAACUCGGUCGACUAUGCGUUCGAUGUCAGCGGUGCCGAGUACGCGUUUACUUUGGAAUUGCGAGACACCGGUGCCAAUGGAUUCAUCCUGCCUGCGUCGCAGAUUUUGCCGAGUGGCGUGGAGGCGUGGGCGGGAGUCAAGUAUUUGUUGGCUAAUAUGAAGUGA